AUGAAGAUCUUUAUUCGAACAAAUACAGGAAGGGGACGACCAUACGAGUUCAAUGUCGAGCUCACUACCACUGUUAAAGAACUUAAACAGUUAACUCGGAAAAAGACCAACGAUGAUGAAGAUGCAUUAAAAAAUAUGUUCUUUACUUUUGAUGAAGACAUACUAGACGAGAAUGACGAAACGUUAGCAUCUUAUGGUGUUGAAGAGGAAUCGGAACUAGAGUUACGUUAUUCAAACAUAAAAGGUCGUAACUUAGGUGCUUUGGGAACACGUUUUGCAGAUGUUAACAACAGUAAAGGCUUAAAGCGAUGUGCAUGGUCUCAAACAGCUCCACGCUGGCGAAGAACCAGGCAUGGCUUAUGUCUUGAAGGCACAUGUUCCAAUACUGAAUGUGAAGCUCAUGACCAGAAUGUUAUCAUACCAGUUGGUUACAAGAAAUUCGAUAUUCUAUGCGAUCCUGAUGAUACCACAACUGUAUGUCCUGUAUGCAAAAACUUUGUUCAGCCGACAAACUGUGGUUUUAAUAAUUGUUGGUGGAAAUUCCAAGGAAUAAAACAAGAAGGAGAUGAUAAUAGGAAAGCACCAAAAAGAUGUUCUAGUGAAUGGACACAAGCAGAUAAUGCAUACCAUUAUUUCGAUCAACUAACGAGUGGAACAGUGACAUGGAAGCAACUUGUACUUGAAGCUGUCAAAAACAAACCUGCGUCAUGA